GUCUAUGAUAAGGGCCCCAUUGGUGUCACAAUGAGGGGUAAAUGGAUGUAACCUCGCAUUAUACUUUCGCGUUGGGAAUUUAAUUGACAACACGUUCGUUCCACAUCAACUCUCCAAACUCUCUUAAUUUCAAGAUGGCCGAAGUCUACAAGUUGCCUGGUCAUAAAGUCGACGUCAAGCUCCUUGUCUUCGACCAUGAGAUUCAUUGCCAUUCGCUGAUGUUGAAGCUUGGUUCGGCUUACUUCAGAAAAUUUCUCGACUCAGCAGACAAAACCUCCGCUUCUGCGAAUGCAACCUUCAAAUAUGAAUACGUUACCAUUCAAGAUACUCCUGAUGGUGUUCCAUACCUCGAAGUUGCAUACAAGGUUGAGGGCAGAGGCGAUAAGCCUACCAGCGGGGGAUUUGAUCAUUGGUACAUUGCUGUUAAACAUAUGACUGAUUGUAUGUACGGGAAGUCCUUCGCACUCGACAGUUUUCACGAUAUCGACUACUUGGCCAAAGUUGCAGACUUUUAUGGUGCGCUGCCAGUAGUUUCAAGAACAUUAGAUGCAGUAUUUUUCCGAAGCCCAAAAUUCGUCGAGCAAAUACCCGAUAAUGCUGGUUCUCUUUUAAAGAUUGCCUACAAACUCAGAAAUCGAACUCUGUACAAAGAAUGCAUGAUUCAUGUUGCUGGUCGGUGGAAAAACGACCCUUGCAUAUCAGAAGAUGAUAUGGAUCUUCGCAUCCGAGUUCUCGUUGCAUAUGGACGGGUUUGCGACAAACUUGUUACAGCAAAUUAUGAAUUGAUGAAAUUGAUUGUAAAAUUUCGCUUAGAUCAUAGGAUUCAUUCUGAGCUACGUAAUAUCACGAUCAACUAUUCAUCGUCACUCGCCGUUCAUUAUCGAAUGAUCUAUGACAACCACUAUAGUGCUGAAAUCGACCAGACUAUAGCUAAGGUAUUGUCUAGCCAUCUAAUCCUUGAUCCUUCUAAACUUGGAGCCGGUCAAGGGAAGUUCAAAGGCUAUUUUCUUUGCGCGGAAAUCACAGACAAAGAACUCCCAUGGGAUGAGGAGGGAGAAGAAUGGUAGAGCCUAAGAUUCCAGUAGUCGCAAUGGGCUUUCAAGCUUACUACUUUCACAAUUUCUGGAUUCCGGUGUCAGAUGAGAAUUUUCAAAGCUCGGUACGGCUUUUACCACGAUAUUUCAAUUGUUUCUUUCUCCAAAAACUUUGUGCAGUAGUUUAUGAACGGCGGCUAGCUACUCAAAUACUGUAACGGCAGGAUGGAAGUGGUACCUAGGCUAGUGACUUUUCACAUAAGAGUUUUGCGAUUGCAGUUCGGGGCCCUCCACAGACAAUAUUCUGCUCUUCCAAAAUAAUUCCGAUACGUAUUACAUGGUUUCAAAAUCACUUAUGUUAAUAGUGGAGAAUUGCAUAGAAAUUAACGGUGUAUGAGUUUUACA